UCCAUCGAGCCCGUCACCGCCGCAAAGGUUUCAUUGAAUAAGUCUGCUCCGUUGUGGAAAGAACUACGCUUGUGACAUGUCAUGCUAUGUUAUAGAAUGACUAACGGCAUAUGAAAAAAAUCAGUUAAUAGCUGCUUAUAGUCCCCUGGAUCGCACUGUGCAAGAUGGUCUCCUAUAAGCUCCUGACCCCGGAGGAUGUAUACUUUUCGGGCCCUGCAUCGGCGGAGGAGCCGCUGGAAGAGUCGGCGGAUGACAAACCCCCCGAGAGUCUCCUGCUGGAGAAAAAGGCUGUUUGCUCCACCACCACAGGCUUCAUCGCCCUGGGCACCUUUCUGCUGGUGGUCUGUGGCGUGUGGCUAAUCGGGACCAUCUUCUGGCUGCAGAGUCCGAGCGGCAAGUUUCCGCACGGACCCCCGCCCCCCGGCUCGGCCUCUGCCUCAGCUUCAGCCUCCAGCUCGCCCCCGCCGCAGGGGCAGGCCCACACGGCCCCUCCGCCCAAAUCCUGCAGCACCGUGCCCGAGGCCUGGCGCUUCGACUGCUACCCGGAGAGAGGGGUGGUGGUGACACGGGAACUCUGCGAGGCCAGGAACUGCUGCUUCAUCCCCGUGUCAACGGGGACGCCUCCGGCCAAGAACGGGGUGCCCUGGUGUUUCUACCCCCCCGACUUCCCCACGUACGCGCUCGACGCUCUGAACGACACCGACCUCGGCUACACCGGGCGGCUGACCAAAAAGGAGAAGACGUACUACCCCAAAGACAUUGAGACGCUCCAGCUGGACGCUUAUUUUGAAACUGACUCGAGGCUUCGUGUGAAAAUUACAGAUCCCUCUACCGCCCGUUUUGAAGUCCCCAUAUCUGUGCCUAAUGCUACAACGAAAGCAUCUAGCCCUCUCUACACAGUGGAGUUCUCCAAGAACCCCUUUGGAUUGGUUGUGAAAAGGACUUCAACUGGGACAGUGGUAUUGAACACGACAGUGGCUCCCUUGUUCUUCGCGGACCAGUUCCUGCAGGUGUCCACCUCCCUGCCCACGCACUAUGUCUACGGGCUGGGGGAACAUCGAUCGUCCUUCCUCCACAGCAUGGAGUGGAACACCCUGACCAUGUGGGCGCGCGAUGUUCCUCCAACGGAACUGACUAACUUGUAUGGAGUUCAUCCAUUCUACUUGGGCGUGGAGCCUGGCGGGUCAGCCCACGGUGUUUUUCUGUUGAACAGCAACGCCAUGGAUGUUGUGCUGCAGCCAGCGCCAGCCCUCACCUGGCGCACCAUCGGUGGUAUCCUGGACAUUUACAUCUUCAUGGGUCCAGAGCCCAGCUCUGUCGUGCAGCAGUACCUCGAGGUUGUAGGCCUUCCUGCUAUGCCGAUCUAUUGGGCUCUUGGCUACCAUUUGUGUCGCUGGGGAUACAAGACCAGCAAUGCCACCUGGGAUGUGGUGAAGCAGAUGAGAAACUAUGGGAUUCCUCAUGAUGUGCAGUGGAAUGACAUUGACUACAUGGACCGCUCUCUGGAUUUCACCUUUGACCCUCAGCAGUUUGCCACCCUCCCAGACAUGAUGAAGGACUUGCACAGUCACGGACAGCGCUACGUCAUGAUCCUGGACCCAGGGAUCAGCAGUGCCCAGGAACCUGGCACCUAUUGGCCAUUUGAUGAAGGAAUAAAACGUGGCAUCUUUAUCAAUGAUUCCACUGGAGAAACCCUGAUCGGAAAGGUUUGGCCAGGUGUCACAGCCUUCCCUGACUUCUCAGACCAUGAAACACACGAAUGGUGGUAUGAGAACCUCCAGAAGUACCACAGCAAAGUCUCCUUUGAUGGACUGUGGAUUGACAUGAAUGAGCCAUCAAACUUUGUGGAUGGGUCACUGAAAGGCUGCCCAUCAAAUGAGCUGGAAAAUCCUCCUUACACUCCUGGGAUUCUUGGUGGCACGCUCAGGUCAAAGACGCUUUGCGCUUCAGCACUUCAUAAAUCAUCUGUCCACUAUAACCUGCACAAUAUGUACGGUCUGAUGGAGGCAAAGGCAUCUUCCUGCGCUUUGAAGAGGAUUCUGGGGAAGCGGCCCUUCGUCAUUUCCCGCUCCAGCUUUCCCAGUCAGGGCCGGUAUUCCGGACACUGGCUGGGAGACAACCAGAGCCAGUGGAAAGACCUGUACACCUCCAUCCCUGGCAUGUUGACCUUUAACAUCCUGGGCAUCCCGUUGGUGGGUGCGGACAUCUGCGGCUUCGGGGGCAGUACCACCGAGGAGCUGUGUGUGCGCUGGACUCAGCUGGGCGCCUUCUACCCCUUCACACGCAACCACAACUCCAUCGACGAGAAGGCCCAGGACCCCACCGUCUUCAGCCCCCUGGCCCGCACAGCCAUGAAGGAGGUUCUGCUGCUGCGCUACUCGCUGUUCCCUCUGCUCUACACCCUCUUUCACCACGCCCACAUGGAGGGCCACACGGUGGCCCGGCCCCUGUUCUUCGAGUUUCCGGAAGAUCCUAAUACUUACAGCAUAGACAAGCAGUUCCUAUGGGGGAAGAGCUUGCUGGUGACUCCUGUCUUAGAUCCUGGUGUUACUUUUGUAAUCGGAUAUUUCCCUAAAGGACUGUGGUAUGACAUUUAUACAGGCGACUCCAUUAGGAGCAGUGGAGAAGAGUUGAAACUGCAGGCCCCACUGAACAAGAUUAAUGUGCACCUCCGUGAGGGGGCAGUCACUCCCACACAGAGGCCCAACACCACCCUGUGGGUGAGCAGUGGGCAGCCACUCCACCUAAUUUCCACUCUGAGGGAUGAUGGAACGGCUGAAGGGGACCUCUUCUGGGAUGAUGGAGAGAGCAUCGACACCUACGAGACGGACCAGUACGCCUACAUCGUGUUCCACAUCGCAAAGAAUACAAUGACUUCAGAGGUUCUUCAUGAUAACGUAGAGGCGAGCUAUAUCACUGUGGAGACUGUGUCCUUUUUUGGAGUGAAGAAGGAGCCGUCCGUUGUGACCGUGAACUCACAAGACGUCCAAUUUUCGUACACAGCCAUCCAGGUCCUAACUGUGACUGACCUUGGUCUCAGUCUCAGCCGAAACUUUACCAUCACCUGGACAUAGUAUUCCAGAAAGCGUCCAAAGAAUGUGUGUUAUUGUAUUUUGCUGGCACUGGAUACCUCGACUGCUUCUUGUUCUGUGAUUAAAAAAAACAAUUGUGUUUGUUUUACUAGUAAAUAACCUGGGAACUCGUAGUAGGGACAGGUAUAUUGAAUGUUCUGGUGUAAUUUCCAGAAGCUUCUGAAAAAUAGAUUUUCAGUGGAUCUAGCGUUGAUGGUCUUGGCAUUCUCACACUAUUUUAAGAUCACCAGGUAGUGCUGUAUAAACGAAUAAAGCGGCUUGCCAGAAAUAUUCAUAGACUUUAAAUUGUAAUAUUUAAAUGAUUAUUAUAACUCUAUUUUUGAUCAUAUUCCAGUAUAGUACAGUGCAGUAAGUGACUUUUUGUGUGAAUAUAUACUCAGUGUUUUCAAGCUAAUUGCACUAAUGAAAAUCAUGAACAAGGAGCACUGGGGGAAAUGCGAAUUUGAAAUUGAUUUCAUAUGUGUGUUCAUUAUUAAUUUGCUUCCGGGAAGCAUAUGUACGGAAAGUGUUUCUGUGCUUUUAAAAAAAUAUGUGGGAAAAUGCAGAAUUGUAAAUUACAAUACAGAAGCUCCAUUGUUUUCAUCUCUAGCUUUUUCAGUAGUUUUUCUUGCAUUGUGCCUUAAUACCAUCCAACUGUGAUCCUGUCCUAGAUUAACAUUGCAGCAGUGUAGCUUUUUGCUGCAAAAAGAAUCAAUUUUUUGUUGUGCAACGUCUGAAACGCCAUUCUAUAAAAUGCACCCCCACCCCCAAUUAAAUUACAUUUAGGGGAGCUUUUUGAAUCUGCUUGCCCAUAACUGUGAACAUUUGCUGUGAACAUAAUAUCAUUAUUUAGAUUAAAGAUGAUAAUAAGAUGUAUCAUAAUAAAGACAGGUACUCAGGCUAAUUUCAGCAUCUCAGGAUCAGAAUGAAUAUGUUGUGUAUUUAUAAAUGUAUUGCUUUUCUUUCCACACUGGUUUCCAUUGGGAGAGCCUUCAUCAGUCUAUAAAUGUGAAAUAAUAGAAUAAAAUCUAUUUUUAUGACUUAAGAAAUCGGAGCACCUUAAUAGUCAUAAAUGUACAAAUUUUAAAUCUGAGGUACUUAACGCUUACACUCCCGACCUGUGAUGCUGUUACCAGCGACACAUUGGGAAUGUCACAUUUGGGCGUAUGGAUGAGUCAAUUGAAAAACUUUUCUCUGUUAUAACAUGCGAACACCGAACGUGCUUCUGUAUUGCGGUAAUGGCUGGUCGUGGCGCGACCGUGUGAAAUGGUGCAUGUUCUCGGUCAUUCGUUAGACCUCCUCAGUCAUAUCUUGUAUCGGCUUUGUUUGUUUUGACUUUUUUAUUUGCAGGAGCAUGACACCUGAAACGUGCCGACAUGUUUUUAUGCAACAAACCUGCUAUUAACUAUGCGUUAAUGGUUCUUGCAUCUGUAGCUACUUGAAUUGUAUUUUGAAAUUUCUGGGGUUUGUUUGAUCUAAAACUGCAAUUAAAGACAGUAUCAAAGUGUG